AUGUCCGUCAUCAAGGCAAUUGCGGCCGAUGUCCAGAGGUAUGCUCUUCUCGCAUACAGCCACUUUCAAACAUUCUCCUUGCUGCAACAGACACUGUUGGUGAUAUCCAUUCCUUUCUUAUACUCUGCGCUUUGGCAACUCCUCUACUCGUUCCGUAAGGACAGAGUCCCAAUGGUCCACUACUGGAUUCCAUGGGUCGGCUCCGCCGUUGUUUACGGAAUGCAACCUUACGAGUUUUUUGAGAAUUGUCGUAAACAACAUGGUGAUGUGUUUUCCUUUCUCUUGUUGGGCAAGGUCAUGACUGUUUAUCUUGGUCCAAAGGGCCAUGAGUUUGUCCUCAAUGCAAAGUUGAGUGAUGUCUCCGCGGAAGAUGCUUACACCCAUCUCACCACUCCUGUUUUCGGUAAGGGCGUCAUUUACGAUUGUCCAAAUUGGAAGUUGAUGGAACAGAAGAAGUUUGCCAAAGUUGCCCUCACCAAGGAAUCCUUUAUUAGGUACGUCCCCCUCAUCAAGGACGAGAUGCUCAAGUAUUUCAAUGCCAACUUUAGGGGGGACUCGGGCAAAACCGAUGUUUUGAAAUCGCAGUCGGAAAUGACGCUCUUUACCGCAUCUCGUUCUCUCUUUGGUGACGCUCUACGUAAUAGAUUGGACGCUUCUUAUGCUGAGAUGUACAGCGACUUGGAUAAGGGCUUUACCCCUCUGAAUUUCGUCUUCUCCUAUUUGCCAUUGCCUAACUACUGGAAAAGAGAUGCUGCACAUAAGAACAUCUCAAACACUUACUUGGAUUUGAUCAAUACAAAGCGUGCCGGUGGUGAAAUCAAAAAUGAGGAUUUGGUUGAUGCAUUGUUGAAAAAUUCAGUUUACAAGGAUGGUACUAGAAUGACCGACGAGGAAUUAGCCCACUUGAUGAUUGGUGUCUUAAUGGGUGGUCAACAUACUUCUUCUGCAACAUCUGCUUGGUUCUUAUUACACCUUGGUGAAAAACCUCAAUUACAAGAAGAAAUUUACAGAGAAAUCCAAUCGGUUUUAGGUGAAAAUUUCGAAAGAGAACUCACUUAUGAUGACUUACAAAAACUCGAUUUAGUCAACGCCACAAUCAAAGAGACCCUAAGAUUGCACAUGCCAUUACAUUCCAUUUUCAGGAAAGUCACUCGUGAUUUACCCGUUCCAAACACUUCGUACAUUGUUCCAAAGGGCCAUUAUGUUUUGAUCUCACCAGGUUAUACAAUGUUAAGUGAAAGAUACUUCCCUAAUGCCAGCGAAUUCCAACCUCAUAGAUGGGAUGAAAUCAAGUCCAUUGAUGGUGGUAUCUCUUUGCCUGCUGAAGGUGAAAAUGCAAAGGAAACUGUCGAUUACGGUUUCGGUAAGAUCUCUAAAGGUGUUGCAUCCCCUUACUUACCUUUUGGUGGUGGUAGACAUAGAUGUAUUGGUGAACCUUUUGCUUACACCCAAUUAGGAACUCUUUUGGUCCACUACAUCCAGAACUUUAAGUGGACAGCCAAGGUCCCUCCAAUUGAUUACACCUCUAUGGUUACCUUACCAACACAGCCAGCGGAAAUCAAGUGGGAGAGAAGACAAAAGAACUAG